AUGGGCGUCGCCGCCGCCGCGGACGCGGCGUAUUUGGAACAAAGAGUCCAAAAAGAAGCCGCGGUCGCGUUGCUCGGCGAAGACGCGUUUGAAGCGACGCAGCUCGCGAAGCUCGUCGCGGCGGACGAUAAGUUCGGCUACUCCGUCUCGGUGUCCGGCUCCCUCAUCGUCGUCGGCGCGAAUUAUGACGACGACAAGGGCAGGGACUCCGGGUCCGCGUACGUGUUCGAGAAGGGCGCGGACGGCGCCGUGACGCAGCUCGCGAAGCUCACCGCGGCGGACGGCGCGGCGAACGAUAACUUCGGCUGGUCCGUCGCGGUGUCCGGCUCCCUCAUCGUCGUCGGCGCGACUUAUGACGACGACAAGGGCAGAGACUCCGGGUCUGCGUACGUGUUCGAGAAGGGCGCGGACGGCGCAGUGACGCAGCUCGCGAAGCUCACCGCGGCGGACGGCGCGGCGAACGAUAACUUCGGCUGGUCCGUCGCGGUGUCCGGCUCCCUCAUCGUCGUCGGCGCGACUUAUGACGACGACAAGGGCUCCUCCUCCGGAUCCGCGUACGUGUUCGAGAAGGGCGCGGACGGCGCCGUGACGCAGCUCGCGAAGCUCACCGCGGCGGACGGCGCGGCGGGCGAUCAGUUCGGCUGGUCCGUCGCGGUGUCCGGCUCACUCAUCGUCGCCGGCGCGAGGUAUGACGACGACAAGGGCUCCUCCUCCGGAUCCGCGUACGUGUUCGAGAAGGGCGCGGACGGCACCGUGACGCAGCUCGCGAAGUUCACCGCGGCGGACGGCGCGGCGCACGAUUACUUCGGCAGGUCCGUCGCGAUGUCCGGCUCCCUCAUUGUCGUCGGCGAAUUGUAUGACGACGACAAGGGCUCCAACUCCGGGUCCGCGCACGUCUUUCAGACGAACCGC